CAGAGACAGAGAGACAUAGACAGAGACAGAGAGACAGAGACAGACGGAGAGAGGUGAAGGACGAUUACGAUUGUAGAGGAAAGCAAACGAUAACCACCGUUGCUACUGGAACUAGAGCGAGCCCUAGUGCGGGUGUAAAUGAAGAGUGACUUUCAUAUGAAAUUUAAAAAUCACUUGAUUGUAGAAGAACACUGCACGCACCGUUUUUAACCUAAAAAAUAUCAGGAAAAAGUAUGAAAGAGCAAUCUGAUUGAUCCUCAAACCUGGAAAUCACCAUACCUACUAGAAGACACAGAAUGGCCCUCCAUCAAACCAUCACCACUAGAUUUCUUGAAGAAUGGUGCUUGGAUAAAUCACUGUCUGGCUGCAGGAAGCACCAGAAUGUCUGGAAAAAACUGAGACAAAUACGCAUUGUAGGGCUCUUCAUGGGUAUAAUGGCCAUUUGCACAUUCUCACUUUCAACUAGUGCCUUUUUCAAGAUAGAGACACAUAGCACAGAUCAGGCCACCAGUUUAGGUCAUCCGGAGUUAAUGUCUGGGUACCAUCAAAGAACUCUGUUAGACUUCAAGGAGAAGGUUCAGGAUGGUACUCCAGAGCCACUUCCUACAAAAUAUGAAAAUGAAACUGAACAUCCUCAAGGAGACUAUCCGAGAGACUUAUUUUCCCUUCAGGAGCGAAGAAGAGGUGCAAUAAUUCUUCAUGUCCUUGGAAUGAUCUACAUGUUCAUUGCCUUAGCCAUAGUCUGUGACGAAUUCUUUGUUCCUUCUCUGACUGUCAUCACUGAAAAGUUGUCCAUUUCUGAUGAUGUAGCUGGAGCAACCUUCAUGGCUGCUGGAGGCUCAGCUCCAGAACUUUUUACGUCUCUGAUAGGAGUCUUCAUAGCUCAUAGCAAUGUUGGCAUUGGCACAAUAGUGGGCUCAGCAGUAUUCAAUAUCCUGUUUGUCAUUGGGAUGUGUGCGUUGUUUUCAAGAGAAAUCCUAUACCUUACCUGGUGGCCACUCUUUAGGGAUGUCUCAUUUUAUAUUGUUGACUUGAUCAUGCUCAUAAUUUUUUUUCUGGAUAAUCUCAUCACCUGGUGGGAGAGCUUGUUGCUGUUAACAGCUUAUAUUCUCUAUGUGACUUUCAUGAAAUUCAACGUUCAGGUGGAAGCAUGGGUGAAGCAACUGCUUAAUAGAAACAAAGUUGUGAAAGUAACUCUACCUCCAAAGCAAAGAAAGUCAUCUACUGCCAUGGACAAGGAUGAACAAACUCUAACGACUAAGCCACGGCUCCAGAGAGGUGGUAGCUCUGCGUCUCUGCAUAAUAGUCUGAUGAGGAACAGCAUCUUCCAGCUCAUGAUUCAUACCCUUGACCCACUUGCUGAAGAGCUUGGAUCAUAUGGAAAACUAAAAUAUUAUGACACAAUGACUGAGGAAGGACGCUUCAGAGAAAAGGCUUCAAUACUUCACAAAAUUGCCAAGAAAAAGUGCCAGGUGGAUGAUAAUGAAAGGCAUAAUGGGACUGCCAACCAUGUGGAAAAAAUAGAACUCCCAAACAGUACAAGUGUUGAAGUGGAAGUAACACCACGCAGUGAAGGUUUAGGACCUGUGCAAAAUGGAAAUCUCUCCCAUGGGACUGAGUCAACAGAAAUACAGACUUCAGAUACAGGUGAAGAUGAAGAUGACCAGCCACUCAGCUUGUCCUGGCCUACCAGUAUCCGCAAACAGAUCACCUUCCUGAUCGUUCUUCCCAUUGUGUUUCCAUUAUGGAUAACCCUUCCUGAUGUCCGAAAACCUUCCUCAAAGAAGUUUUUUCCCAUCACAUUCUUUGGAUCCAUCGCCUGGAUAGCCAUUUUCUCUUACUUGAUGGUCUGGUGGGCACAUCAGGUUGGAGAAACAAUUGGUAUUAGUGAAGAAAUUAUGGGCCUCACCAUCUUAGCUGCUGGGACUUCUAUCCCUGACCUCAUUACCAGUGUCAUAGUGGCACGGAAAGGACUUGGGGAUAUGGCCGUGUCCAGCUCUGUUGGGAGCAAUAUCUUCGACAUCACAGUGGGACUCCCACUGCCCUGGCUCUUAUAUGCCACUAUUCACAGAUUCCAGCCAGUGACGGUCAGCAGCAAUGGUCUCUUCUGUGCCAUCGUUCUCCUCUUCAUCAUGCUACUCUUUGUCAUCAUCUCCAUCGCUCUCUGCAAAUGGAGGAUGAACAAAAUCCUGGGAUUUACCAUGUUUGGCCUGUACUUUGGAUUCCUGGUAGUCAGUGUCCUCCUGGAGGACAGAAUUAUCAUGUGCCCUGUCUCGAUAUAG